AUGAAUGAUAACAAAAAAUUAGAUAUUAUUCGCAGUAUGCUAAACGCAUUACUGGGAGGCUCAGAAUCACAAGACAGAAACAAUGAAGAUAAUGAUGAUGAAAAUAAUGAUGAUGAAUAUAAUGAUGAUAAUGAUAAUAAUAAUGAUGAUAUUAAUAAUAAUAAUAAUAAUAAUAUUAAUAAUAAUAUUAAUAAUAAUAUUAAUAAUAAUAUUAAUAAUAAUAAUGGAAAACAUGGAAAACGCAGCAAACAUAGCAAGAGCAUGUUGAAAAAGAUAUAUAUUGAAAAGUCCAAAAAAGCAAUUUUUUUCUAUAGAAAUUACAUGAAUAUAUUAGAACAGCAAGAACUGGAAAAAUUUUCAAAUUUGUAUGAUAUAAUACUAAAUAACUCCUUCGAAUAUUCGGAAAAAGAUAACAUAGACACAUACAUGUACUGUAAUGUUUUUCCUAUAUUAAAAAAAACAUUCGAUUCUUUUGUUCUAUAUAUAUCAAAGUUGGUAACACAUAAAAAUGAUGAAAACUAUAAAAAAAUUAUAAAAAAUUUGGAUCCAAUUUUAUUAUUUUCUCAGUAUAUUAUUCGUUUAACAGAUGAUGAUUUUUCCAUAAGUGCUGAUGAUGACAUGUUUGGAAUGGAAUUAAACGAUAAUUCUUUUCAACCAAAAAAUAAAUUUAUUUACGAAAAUGAACAUAAUAAUAGUUGUAAUUAUAACAUCAUUAGUAAUACUCUGACUAGUAACAGUUUUAUACCUAUGAGUGAACAUAUGAACUCAACAACAAAUACAGAAAUAGAUAAAGAAAUUAGCGAUUUUUAUAAUAAAUAUGAUACAUUGGUUCAAGAAAAUAAAUUAAAAGAAAAACAAAAAAAACAAGAAAUUUUAAAAAAUAUUUAUGAUAAAAAAAAUGUCUUAUCACAAGAAGAAAUAUCUUUAUAUGAUACGUACUAUGAGGAAAACAUAAAUUUUAAGGAACGUAAAUUUAGGGUCAGAGGAACCUCCUCCGUUCACCUUGAUUUGAACAAAUUGAGUAGAAUUAGCAGUGCCGAAAAUAUGGGUUAUGGCAAUAAUUUCGGUGCUACUGACAAUUUUGUUGAUGGAACUCCUAACGCCUUUAACAUAUCGCUUGAUUUGAAGGCGGCUAGUCAACAGAUAAAGUAUGCCAGUAGGGAUGAGAAGAAAAAUGAAGCAAAAGUGGAAGAGAAAAAGUUUAUGACUGUUCAAGAGAAAAGCAAAAUGGUAGACCGUGCAAAAAACAAAGUGCCUAAUCAGUAUAAUGAGGAAAAUCCAGAUGAGGAAUUCAACUAUGUAAUAAAACAACUAGAGCGUAAAGAGAGCUCCUAUUUUGAAAAGAAAAUAUAUUUGUUAUUGAAUAAAUGGAUAAAGGAGGAAGAUGGACGAAGAUUUAUUAUUAAUCAGAAAUCCAAAAUAGAACCAUUAUUCAAUGAUUUUAAAAAAAAAAAUUAUACUGUAACAGAUAAAGAUAUUAUACCUCUAUUAUUUUUUAUAGACAAAAAUUUAUAUUUAAAUUAUUCGUUAGUACAUCAAUAUAAUUAUAGUAAUUUUUACUACAUAUUUCAUUUACAUUCUUCUUUUUAUUGUUCUGAUACAAAUAGUAUUACUUUUGAUGAGGUAUGGAAUUUUCUAGUAUCUAAUUUACCAUUAAAUAAUUAUUUAUAUAAAGAGGAUAUUUUAAUAGGUUUAGAAAAAUUUAGAAAAAAAAAAGAAAUCAUUAAAAAUUUUCAUUUUACUAUUACUAUUAUUAAAAAUUUUUUAAUACUUCUUUUGAUGGAUAUAUUUCUCUUUUUUUCUGAUUUCAUAAAAACAGAAUUGUUGAAUUCAAAUGAAAAUGCAUAUUUUGUCCAAACAGAGCAGUUGGAAGUGCCUCUUAGUAAUAGCUUCUACCUUCAUAUGAAUUCUUUCUCCACGGUUUAUUCAUCUUCUUCAUCCGCCUCGUCUAUUUUGUCUGCUUCAUCCGCUACUCAUGUAGAGAUGCUGUCAAAUAUCGAACAUCCAAGUACUGGUAACAAUCAAAACGGUAAGAAUAACGAUACAUUGAAAGGUGUGGACCACACUACUAUGGAUGAAGGUACUAGUAAUACGAAUGACGCAUCUAAUCGAAGUGAAAAUAUAUCCGCUGAUCAGCCAAAAAUCGAUGAAAAAAAUGUAGAUGACAAAGCGGAAACAAAAAAUAGCGGAAGAAGAAAAAACUUGUUAAUUUAUUUUUUAUUGUUACUAUGGGGAGUUAAUAUAAAACUAAACUUCUGCCCAGAGGAGUUCAUGAUUUCGGGCGAGCUGUCUACAGACGCGGAUGAAGAGGAAGAAGAGGGAGAAGAGCGAGAAGAGCGAGAAGAAGAGGAUAAGGAAGGAGACCAGGACGAAGAUAGGAAGCAAAAGCAGGACGAAGAUAAGAAGCAAAAGCAGGACGAAGAUAAGAAGGAAGACCAGGAAAAAGACAGAAGCAAACACCAUAAUGAAAAGCCGAAUGGAGUGAGCAAGGAAUAUUGUAAAGAGACAAGCAAGAUAGAGGAAAAAUCAAAUAGAGAACAAGGAGAAGAGCCAAAGGGGGAGAAGAUAAAAAGCAAAAAUGGAAGCAAAAUACAUGAAAAAUAUAAAGGCACAUACAAAAAGGAAAAGCAUAAAUAUAUAUGCCACACUGAUAGUAACACGUCAAUAAACGCGAAAUACCGUAAAGGUUGUCAAAAAACGCGGAGCUUAUCGUUAAACCAAAGUAAUAAUAGUAAUAAAAGACUCAAGUCUACUAAAAAAAUGGAAAAAAUAUUGAAGAAUAAAGAAAAAAUUGAUAUUAAUGAGUUGAGAAAUAUUAAGAAAAGAAAAGAAGCAAAACGAUUUCAAGGCUUGUAUCAUUUGCGAAAGAGGUACAAAGAAAAAGAAUAUAGUGAACACAUAAAUAAAUUAAUACAUUCCAUCGUAAAAAAUAUAAAACCAAAAAGAAAAAAUUAUUAUAACCAGGUUGUAUGUAAGCUUGAAAAUGAUUCAGCAAAUGUCUUUUUAAAUAUACUUCAAGAUAACGAUGAUACGAAAAAAGUUAGCGAUAUGCAUGUCGAAAUUAAUGAACGCAAUGAAAUUUGUUCUAGUGGAAAGGUGGAUAAGGAUAAGGAACAUCCACAUGUAAACAGCAGUGAUAUAGAGAAUCAUUCAAAUUUAGAUAACCGGGAUUAUAUAGGGGUUACCAGUUUUAAUAAAAACAAUUGGCAUCAUAAUAGUUUUGAUAAGAAUAAUAAAAAUGCUUUUACAAACUGCUUUUCUGGAAUUUUUAAUGAAAAGCAAACUGUUUGUCUUUUGGAAAAUUUUGUAAAAACAUACAUUAAAAAAAAAAAAAAAAAAAAAAAAAAAAUCUCUCAUAAAUAG